AUGAAGACAGCUGGUGAGUGGGGCCUUCUGAGUCCUGAUGGCACUCUGCACAAGCUAUGUGAGCCAAAUUUUUUUGUGGGAAGGGAUGAUCAGAUGGAUUUGACGCUGAAGGUGAGAUUACUUUUCUUUCAUCCGUGAAAUAAAAUCAUACCUCAUAAGUUGUCAGUUUUCAACUGCGUUGAUUGAGAACGCUGGAAAAUAUCAGUCGUUUAAUUUGCGCUGAAUUGAAAUCCAUAUAAUUUUUUGUUUCGUAUGUUGAUAUGCUAUUUAUUUGCAGUAUUUCACCUAUUAUUCGCUGAAAACUGAGCGCAAAUAAUAUUUUAUGUUAUUCUUGUCAUACAUUAAAUAUCUGAGCAAGUUCCGUGCUUUCAAAGAUUUUGAUUGAUUAACGCUCUUUGAAGGUGUGAAAACUUGAGAUGUUUUAAGCCCCUUGAGAUUUAAUUUAAACGAUUGUUACUAAUGCGGAACAUUUCAGAAGUGGGUGUGAAAGAGGUUUUCCAGUUGAGAAUCCAAGAUAUUAAUCUGUGUUGUUCUACAGAAAUGAGCUCGGUAACCCCCCAUUUUGCAUGUUCAGGGUUGUUGCUAAGCGCUGGCUGCUGGCUGAAAGUGCCAGCUGAGAAAUUCGUGAUUGCAGCUAGAUUUUUGCAGGUUACAACUGGCAAACCAUACUAUUUUGUGGUGUCUUCUUUCUAUACUGCAGUCACCAUCAUGCAAACACGAAGCUUCGAAGCCUUACUGAGAAGGAAUUGCAAAAGAUUGGGAGCAAAAUUUUGUUACCAGGUCUCUUAUUAGGCCAGCUCUUUUCUAUUCUUUAACUCCCAAGAUCUGAUUAUUAUUUCUCUCCUCUAACUGCUUCACAUUUCCUUAUAAAGUAGUUAUGAGAAUUUGUAUUUCAAUCAAGAUAACUUCAACCUGAUAAGUUUGAGUACUCUCAUUACCAGUUUGCUGGACAAUGUAUGAAUAUUAGAGGGAGUUAACCCUUUACACCCUAACAUCAACAUGCAUAUUCUCUAUACUGUUCUCUAUACAUUUCCUAAUGUGCUGGCAAGGAGAAUUUGUUCAACAAUCAAGAAUUUGUUCAGUUGAUCAUCAUUUCCUUUAUUCUCAUGCUCCUAAUGCUUGAUUCAGGGAUGAUAUUGAAAGGAGAAAUUGAAUGCUAGUCACUCUCAGAUAUUAUAGGGUAAUAAUGGCUUAAGUGGCAGACUACUUCCUUAGCUACAAAACUGCUUGUUAUAUCGCUCUGCAAAGUUUCAUGAAAAAUUUGAGAAAAGUUCAGUAUGUAUUUUGAUGGAUUCUGAAUCUCAUCAAAUUAUACUGCAAACAUAUUCAAAUGGAAUGUCAGUUGUUGUAAUCAAAAGUAGAUUAUUCCAUUAUGCUGACUGAAUUUCUCUUCCUUUCCUUAGUUAUGAUAAUAAUUAUUCUAUAACUUUAACUGAAGAUGGUGGGUUUAGUUUUUACUGAUCAAGUUUCAAAGAUCUUUCUGACAGUGAAGAGGUUUCCAUGGCAUUCCUUUUCUUGCUUUAGGUUCUGAUUAUAUUUGUCUAAUAAUGUAAUUUUUGUUGGUAACACCAAACAUUUUUGUUUCAGUCAAGAAGUGUGGAUAAGCAACAUGCUGUGAUCACAGUGAAUACACAGAACAAAGAGUACAAGUUACAUGAUCUUGGAACUUUGAAUGGUGUAAGUAUAUGAGGUCCUAAAUGCUUCUUAUUAAUAUUUGUUCCAUUAAGUGGCCAUUUUACCUUGAGUAAGCAUCCACCCCUCACCCAUAAAUUAUUUACCCUUCCAACCCAAGAUCUCAUUUAGUAAUUCUCUUUACUGUGUGACAUAUAAUUCUUAAGUGUUAGUGCAGGGAAUUUGGUAUUGGAUCAAUGAAUAAUCUCAUAAUUGCUAUUUUUCUUAAUUCUAUCACUUGUCUGCUUGGUAAUAAACAAAAUGCCUUUCUACACAAAGAACAGUUACUGUAAAAGUUCCCUGCACUUGUUUUCCUUACAGACGUUUGUAAAUGAUUCAAGAGUAAAACAGCAUCCAGUUGACUUGAAGCUAAGAGACAACAUUCGUUUUGGAUAUGAUAUCCUU